GCUCGUUCGUCUGGUUGCACAGCUCGCAGGGAGGAGGACGCCGGGGCUCGCCUUUCCUCCGCUGCCUCUGCCGCUGCCAUGAUUCCGGUGUCGCUGGUGGUGGUGGUCGUGGGCGGCUGGACUGCGGUCUACCUGACCGACCUGGUGCUGAAGUCAUCUGUGUAUUUUAAACAUUCUUAUGAAGACUGGCUGGAAAACAAUGGAUUGAGCAUCUCCCCUUUUCACAUAAGAUGGCAAACUGCAGUUUUCAAUCGUGCCUUUUACAGUUGGGGACGGCGGAAAGCAAGGAUGCUUUACCAAUGGUUCAAUUUUGGAAUGGUGUUUGGCGUAAUUGCCAUGUUUAGCUCUUUUUUUCUCCUGGGGAAAACAUUGAUGCAAACUUUAGCACAAAUGAUGGCUGACUCUUCCACUUCUUAUUCUUCCUCCUCUUCCUCCUCUUCCUCCUCUUCUUCCUCUUCUUCCUCUUCCUCCUCUUCCUCUUCUUCCUCCUCUUCUUCCUCUUCUUCCUCCUCCUCACUUCACAAUGAACAAGUGCUACAAGUUGUGGUUCCUGGUAUAAAUUUACCCGUCAACCAACUGACCUAUUUCUUUGCUGCAGUCCUCAUUAGUGGUGUUGUACAUGAAAUUGGACAUGGGAUAGCAGCUAUUAGGGAACAAGUUCGAUUUAAUGGGUUUGGGAUAUUUCUCUUCAUUAUUUAUCCUGGAGCAUUUGUUGAUCUGUUCACCACGCAUUUGCAACUUAUAUCACCAGUCCAGCAGCUAAGGAUAUUUUGUGCAGGUAUCUGGCAUAAUUUCGUCCUUGCACUCCUGGGUAUUUUAGCUCUUGUCCUCCUCCCUGUGAUUCUCUUGCCCUUUUACUACACUGGAGUUGGGGUACUUAUCACAGAAGUUGCUGAGGACUCACCUGCAGUUGGACCCAGAGGUCUUUUUGUGGGAGACCUUGUUACCCAUCUACAGGAUUGUCCCGUUACUAAUGUACAAGAUUGGAAUGAAUGUCUAGAUACCAUCGCCUAUGAACCCCAAAUUGGUUACUGCAUAAGUGCAUCAACUUUACAGCAGUUAAGCUUCCCAGUUAGAGCAUACAAACGGCUAGAUGGUUCGAUCGAAUGUUGUAACAACCAAAGCCUCACAGAUGUGUGCUUUUCCUACAGAAAUAAUUUUAAUAAGCGUUUGCAUACAUGCCUACCUGCCCGGAAAGCAGUUGAAGCCACCCAAGUUUGUAGAACCAAUAAAGAUUGCAAGAAAAGCUCAAGUUCAAGUUUCUGCAUAAUACCUUCUUUGGAAACUCACACUCGCUUAAUAAAAGUGAAACACCCACCUCAAAUUGAUAUGUUGUACGUAGGACAUCCACUACACCUGCACUACACAGUGAGCAUCACCAGUUUUAUCCCACGUUUUAAUUUUCUAAGCAUAGAUCUGCCUGUGGUUGUGGAGACAUUUGUCAAGUACCUGAUUUCUCUCUCAGGAGCUCUGGCUAUUGUUAAUGCAGUGCCCUGCUUUGCUUUGGAUGGACAGUGGAUUUUAAACUCUUUCCUGGAUGCUACUCUUACCUCGGUGAUUGGAGACAAUGAUGUGAAAGAUCUGAUAGGAUUUUUCAUCUUGCUUGGUGGCAGUGUACUUUUGGCUGCCAAUGUGACCCUGGGACUCUGGAUGGUUACAGCACGGUAAUACUUGCGAUCAUCUGACAGAACCUCUGAGUUACAAUAUGCAUUACUGAAAACCAUUACUCGGUAUGAAAUAUAAAUAUAAAAUUACAUUUUAGCCAACAACUUUUAAGCUCCUCCUGAAGCUCCUCCUGUAUCCCGAGUAUCCAAACUCUGGGAUGGGGAUAAACAGAAGAAAUGCAAGGUCUAGUCCUUGACUACAUUCUAGUUUCAAAGACUGAACUCACAAACUGCAGAUGUUUGUGGAACAAUUUCUCAACAAGUGCAGAUUCUUGUUAAACCGUUUUGUGUGACUACAUAUCGUGUCGUAAUUGUUUAAAGGAGAACAGAAUUAGAUAAAAAUCGAUUGGUGGAAACUUCUUGCAAAAGCAUCGUUAGUCCAAAGAUUUGAAGGAGACCAGACUUUGGCCAAGUGGAAGGGUGAGCAUUUUCUUGGCCUGUAUCUCUUGUCCUUUGUCUUGUUUGAAAAGUUUUAAAAUUGAAUGGUAUGUUAUUUUGUGUGUCCUCUGAUAGCUGAGAUCUGAUUGUAAUUAAUAAAAUUUUAUGAAAGAAUCUGCUGACACAAAAGGGAAACUCUUUGUCAAACAAUGCCAAAUAAGUGAACAAAGUAGGAAGUAGGGCCUACAAUACCUUGAAACAGGUUUUGCCCCACAAGAGUUACCUCUAUGGUAAUGUGUCCCCAUUCCCUCAAAGCAGCACUUAGCCUUGACGUGUUUCAAAUGAGCUGCAGGAAGUGUCUCCCACUUGAAGCAUGUGAGCUGAGGCAGUUAGGGUUGAACCUCAGAAGUGAACUAGGUCUUUCAACAGAUCACAAGACACAUCAUAGGACCUCUGCAGUCCUGGUUACCACUCUACAGAGUUGUGAAGCUUGGAACCCUUCCAGGGUCGACAUUUUCUUUUAUGCUGCUGGGGCUAUCUGGGUUCUAGCUCCUGGGUUCAUGUCUUUAAGAAGCAACUGCCUUAAGCUCUGAGCUAUGCUCUGUCCUCACCAGCAGCUCCCUGUUUCUCUGUGUUAGGCAAUAGAACAUGUAGUCCUAGCUUUCCUUCUUUCUCCUAAGCUACCUCACUGGGUCCACAGAAUGCUUGGUAGUACAGUGAGAAUGGCUACACGUGAGGGCAAACGUGGAUUUGCCAGAGCCUGAGAACUAACUCUUGUGCCCGAAAAAGCCCCACCUACUUCGAGGUUUUUUGUACUCCAAGAUGCAGCUUUGGGAGAGUUGGAAAGGCAGCAGGCUACUGUGGUUUUAGAAGUGUAUGGACAUGCUUUACUUUGAUGACAAAUACGUCCUCUCAUACACUCAGGAACACUAACAGUCAUGUAUCCAACUUCUUCACUAAGUGAGGUAUUCCACGGGAUUCACUUUUUCACAUCAUUGAGUUGUUAUUUAGGCAACUAAAAGUCUUUAGAUUACAUUACACAUAUGCCUGCCUUCUUAAACAAAUUAUGUAUUGAGUAUGAUUUUAACAUUUAAUUAAUGACUCAAGGUCAUCAGUUAUUAGCACUACUAAAACCAUACAAAUUAUUGGUUUAUCCCAGGAAAGGCAUUUGUUCUGUUUGUAAGCAGACAGUCAUUCAGGGUUAAAGUGUAUCAGCAGACCUGUUCAGGUAGAACUUAGGGAAUACUAUGAAAUACUUGCAUAAUUAAUUUGAUUACAAUGAACUAAGCAGUUUACUAAUGAAAAUGUAUAUGUGCAGGUCAGUUUUUUAAAAACGGAGAAAAAUUUAAUAGAAGAAAUCCUUCCGAUUAUUUUUUUUUUUUCUGGGUGGAAAAAAAAAUCCCAACCACAUCAUUUUCUUGUAGUUUUUAAACACUUUGGUCUGUUGCUCCAUAGGGUCAGGAUUUGGGAACCACUAUAUUGGGUAUUAAGCAGAUCAGUCCCAUUUGUAUACAAGUGGCCUCAUCAUAUAAGAAAGGAAAGAAAUGUUACCUGUUCUGUCUUCAGCUUGAUUGUGAGCACUUCUAGAGCAAGGACCAUGUCAUACUCCUCUUUGCAUCCCUGACCCAGUGCAUGAGACAUCAUGAAUACUUAAUAAAUGUGGUUGAAUGGA